AAUUUUCGUCGCAUAUUUCGCGUAAAACGCAUGACAAACAGCACCGACCACGACAAACAGGCUCAUAUAUGUUCGCAGCACGCAAACAGCAUGAAAAAAACACCGUUUUUCGAGUUCCACGUUGUUGACGAGCCGGUCGAUCCUCCCAGCGUCGCGCGGGCUGGUGAGCAAUCGGGCGGUUAAUGCUACGCGGCGUUCAAAUAUUCGAAUUUGAACAUUUGAACGUUUGAAAAAAAAGGCUUGUCCGACGGCGGCACAGGCAUGUCGGGCGCGCGCGGGUCUGAAUCACACUGCCUGCUACGUGCGACAAUAGAGGAAACUAGAACGUAAGCAAUUGCAACGUCAGCGGCCAACCCUCGCUUAUGUGCGAGCGCGUUGUCGCCCGCCCCGACAUGUUCGGGCAAGAGCACUGCGCAAGUAACGCCGCGUCGUCUCGCACCGCCGGUUGGCGAUCUCGUGGCACUUCAUCCUGAGCGCGCCGCCGGCACCCACGGUUAGAGCUCGUCGCCACAAAAGUAAGCUUUUGGACUUGAAAAAACUUAGAAAAACUAUGCAAAGAUGGGUACAGGGCAUUCGGGGUUCUUUUUUUUUUUUUUUUUUUUUGUUAUGGCUUGUAGCACGUGGUCUCGUAGACUGCGCGUCGCCGGGUUACCAUGACACCGCGCUUCUGUGGCAGAUCAGUUUGAAACGCGGCUGUGGUUUUUACGCGUAGCUUCAGUGACAGUAUCUUUAAAAAAAUAUUUCGCGUUUUUGGUUGUUGGGUUUCUCCCACUAACGCCGCUAUGUGUGCGUCAAUUACUACCGCCCUAAUGGCUUUCUUUUGUUGAGAGGGGGCGGUUUGGUCUUAAGUUCGUGACUGCACUUUCGGGCACGGUGUCUUCGCUUCCGCCCCUCUAAGCGAGUCGAAUUUAAAAUGCUAUGUUAGGUCAACUACUCGAAGUCGCUGCCGUAGGCCGUUUAUUAUUAUUUUUAUUUCCCCUGAUUGCCCUGCAUACCGUAGUUCCAAGUCAUUCCAGCCGUCUUUCUGCAUAUCCCAAGAUUUUGUGAAAAGCAGGCUGAUUGCGUUGACAUAGUUUUGUAAUGGUACAUGCAACAAAUGUUUCACAAGCCGUGUGCUCAGUCAUGUAAAUUUUAAUUGUUUCUGUCGAGCGCCAUCAAGUUCAUUGGCACAUUAUCCUCUGUGUAGUGUCACAGGAUACAGUGACAUUGUAUUGGUAGUAAAGCAUGAGCCGUGUGUCAAUUGAACAGCUCUUCAUACCAAAGGAUGGACUCAUGGAGUGCCUUAAAACAGUGGGGGCUAAGCCGGGGCCCUUUACUUUCCCACAGAUAAUAGACCUUGUGAGAACGUAUGUCAUGGAACGGCGGCUCGCUGAUGCCAAGUUGCCAACCAUGAUCGUCUGUGGCCAUGACCCACUGGGCAAGGUGUUUGGUGUGGAACGUUUUCUAGUCAACGAAGUCAUCGAUCAUCUAGUCAAACAAAUGUAUGCUGUACCACCGCAGCAUGUAGUAUCUCAAGGAACGUUAAAGCGGGAACUCCAAUCGGGCGACAACGGCACCAGCGACGCACUGGUCACCAAGCGUGCGCGCCUGGACGCAGAUUCGACGAGUGGCGCAAGUGCGUCAUGCACGUUGUCCCCCGUUCGUCUGUACAUACCACCGUCUCCGUGCUACGACAGCGGGCCAGAGACGGAAUACAGCUACCAGGGCCACGAGACGGAGUUCAUCAAGGACACGAGCGACGACCUCUGGUUCCUCGAGGAGUCCUCGUCGGACGACAACUCGACCGACGACGAGAUCACGCAGCGACGGCUCAUGAGGGUCGCGGCCCUGGCGGCCGAGCUGCUGCAGCGCGAGGAGGAAGGCGGCCACAUCGACGACGACUGCCCGUACGAGGUGGAGUACGAGAUCGAGGAAGAGGAGUCUGACCACCACACUGCCGGAAAGGCAGGCAGCAUCUCCUCCGACAGCGACAUUGAGGACGUGGCCCAGGCGGAGAUCCUGAUUUGUGUAAAUGACGAUGACGCGCAGUUCUGGGCCGACUCGUCUGACAGCUACUCUUCCGACUCGGAGAUUGGCGAUGCGGACCUGUGGCAGUGCCGGCUUUGUGGUACGCGGUGCGAGCCCCACGGUUUGUCGGCCGUGCAACGGUACUGCACCACCUGCUGGAAGGACCGCUUUGGAUGGCUGCCAGACCGGGAGGAGCGACACCCGCCCCAGAAGAAGCGCCGCCGGGUUCAGCGUCGCAACAGCCUCAGGGCGAGCAUCUGCCGCGUGUCAAGCACACUGGGCAGCGGCGGCGUGAGCUCGGACCGGCACCGGCUGAACAGUGCCGGCGAGGAAAGUCGGUCGGGGUCGUCCUGCAAUGACAGCGUGAAGCUGCACUCGGAAGGACCUGGCAGCAACUCGAACACCAACGGAUCACAAGAGAGUUUCGGUGGUGGGAGCACUUCAGAGGGGCUGUCGCAUAUCGACGACGGCGACGAGGGAGACGGCUUCAGCCCGGCGACGACCGGUGCGAGCCAAGAGGCACCCGACGACUGGUCUCAGCCCGGUUGCAGCACGGACAAGCAGGACGGCGACGGGCUGGCGCUCCGUAGUUCGGCAGUGGCAGACCUGUGCACCAUCUGCAUGGCGCGCCCCAAGUGCGGCAUUCUGGUGCACGGUCGGACGAGUCACCGUCUCACGUGCUACAAGUGCGCGUUGCAGCUGCAGAAGCGAAACCAGCCGUGUCCGGUGUGCCGACGCCGGAUCCAGCGCGUCGUGCGCAACUUCGACGCCUGAGGCAUGGGCGUUCGUCUUUUUCUUGUGGUGCGCUCGCUCGUCAGCUCGCUGGGGAGCUUAAAUCCUCCACUCGUGUGCAACGUGCCGCAGGAGCUGGCGAAAAGUGUGCAACUUCAACACUUUGGCCAGGAGUGACCUUUUCGGUGAUUUGGCUGUUGCGCACGACUGUUUCCUCGUCACGUGUUCUGGCUUUUCUUCUCUUUUCGCACUCCGCGAACUCUCGCAUUGCAGAAUGCAAGUUUGCAGCUGAAAAAUGUUCUAGUGAAUUUUCUCUUUCCGUUGCUGUGUUUUUUUUUUUCCAUCUGUGCAACAUGGCGCAACUGCAAUUAGUAGCAUGUUUGCAUUUCUUCCUCAGAAAAGCUCCCACACCCUCGAGGCUUAAAUUUGCCACUGCUACUGUUGGUUCAAAUAAAGAAUCAAGUCUUGUUGUUUUAUCAUUAUUGAUUUCUUAAGGGAAGAUGAGGCGCUUCAAAAAAAGAAGAAACUAUUUUUUAAGCAAUUCGAAUAAAAUUUGCUCCGUUAAUGUAUUUUCACCAAGUGAUCUCAAGAAUGAAAUUGAUAAAUAUUUUUAUAAUACCCAAAGCCAGAUGUUCUUUGCUUUAGGACCUAAUUAGCUAAUUAACAGCAACUUAGACCACAAGGAAUCGAUUCUGAAUGUUCAUAGUGUAUUGUAAGCUAUAAAUUAUUGUUUUAGGCCACUUGAAGCAAAGUUAUAGGUUGUCAAACUUAGUCAUAACAAAAAGAAAAUGGAAAAGUAAUUUAAAGUGCCUCAUCCCCCCUGAAAAGCUGGUCCCAAUCUAUAGUACUAGUGCAGUUGAAUCCCCAAACCAUGAAAUUUAUAACAUCUAUAAACAAAUUAUUGCAGAAAAUAUCUUAGUUGUGACAUUCUCAACUGAGCACGUGACAUGUGACCAGUAGUCUAAAAGGCAAAAACCUUUACUUGGCCCUGCCUGUGAUUCUGGUUAAAGGGACACUAAAGCGAAACAAUAAAUCAGUUUAGACUAAUGAAGCAUUGUUUGAGAACCCUGCAGGCAGUCAUUAAAAACAAAUUGUUUGAUUAUUAGAUGAGAAAAUGAAGGUCCAAGUGUCAGUAAUUGAAUUUCGCGCCGAAACGCCAGCACUGGUACGUCAGGGUGACAUCAGAGAUUCCAAAGUAUGUUUUCGCAUUUGGGCAGCGUUGGCCGAAUAACGAUUCCCGAAACUUGCCAUGUUCAAUAUUUGGUUCCUUUAGAACACAAUGUAGUCAAUCUGUACCGCUAUAUAUAAUUAGUAGGCCCUAGAAGAUGCCAUCAAAAUCCAAGACGUCACAGGCUCCAGGUGCGGGAACUUAAGUAGGCGUCGCCACCCGUAUUUCAGUCUUGCGCUUUUUCUGACUUGCCAAACGUCUUAUCGUUGUAAGACUGGUGUUUUUGGUGUUUUAGAACGGUCAUUUACUGAUGCAGAAAAAAUCGUUUUUCACUUUAGUGUCCCUUUAAGCUGUGGUUGUAGUUACAUGGGACUUGAGUCGAUGUAAUGUGUUCGUGCGUGUUACUUGUUUCGGAGUCGCUGCAUUGCGCACAUUAUGUCCAUCUGGACUAUUUCAAUUGAAGCCAUCAUAAUCGAGUUCAUCGGGUACUCUGUGAAUGACUUCUUCGUUGGUCUCCGUCCCAUGAGCAUUUGGACAGGUGUCAGUCUCCUUAUGUUGUUGUCAGACUGUUCUGUCAUGGGGUUAUUCUUUUUUCUUUUUUUGGUUCCUUUCGCGAUAGCCCACAAAUGGGAAAAUUCACAGACGUUGCAACCUGUCGGUCAACUUUGUAUCCUCGUUUUCUGUUGCGGCAUAGCUAAAAAAUGAAGUCGGUUGCUCUUUUGACAAAACUUCGUGUGGCCUUAGCACUGGUCACUUAAAACCACAGCUCAUUAUGCAGCUGGAAAAAAAUUGCAAUAGCGUUAGCAAAUCAGCCUAGAUUUCUUGUAAAGCAUCCAGAUUCUUUUGAGCUGACGGUUUUUAGUAAGUCCACUGUAGACCUCAGAUCAAGGGGCCAGGGACUACUGACCUGCAGUUCAAUGGAGAAUGUGUCACAGGUUUGUCAGCUCGGCGUUUUUUUCAACGCCUUUGGCAGGGGGCGGUGUGCGAAAAGUAAACAGACAUUCUUGAUCUUUUGCCUGCUGUGUAUGGCUGGUUCAGAAGCUAGAUGCAUUUCUCUCUGAAAUGGGCUGUAGCCACUGGAAAUGGCACUGGCUGCAUCUUGGUGGUACCUCAGUUUUCAGACAGUGUGGCCGAUUCUUGAACAUCCAUCUGCGACGUUUUACUGGAAGGCUUCGAUUUAUAUUAAAACAGCUAGGCCGUGUACUGUUCAGAAUGUCUAAAGGCGUGUGCUUGUCUGUCUCCUCUGCGUUGAAAACAGCAGCAUUCUUUUUUCCUUUCGCUGCAUUCACUUCCAUUAUAACGCUGCCUCUCGGACCAGAGAGUUCUAUUCAGGAUCAUCUCCCAAGAGUGCUGCAGCAUUGUGGUAAGAAGUGCCCUGUAAAGGAAAUACACUGUCGGCAUUGUAAAUAUUAGGUGAAGCAUGGUCCUUCGAGAUGCCAGAGACAUUGACUGCCAACCUGAGAAUUGGUGUCAUCAGCCAAGGUAGUCUUCCCACGCGACACUUUAUUGAAGAAAGCUAAUGUUGAUUCUCUUGAGCUGUCGGCCUCGACAAUGUCCUCAGUGCUUGGAAUGCAUCCAAUCUUUCAGUUUAUUUUCUGCGCCAUGUCACAUCGGGGUCAUUAGGCACACGUCUUCACAAUCAAUGUGCACAUUGGUUUGCCUAGCAUUUCGUGUGCUAACCACUUUGCUUUCUUGUGAUGCAUGUCUCUCGGGCAUGUCACUUGGCUCUGUGUCAUCGCUUAUUCAGUGUUGUGGAGAUGAUGCUGGCUUUUAAACUUUAAAAACUGGUAUAAUUUCUUGAAGCUAUGGACAUAGCAGUAUCAUUAGGCUUGCUGCGCAGAAGCUUAUCAGCUGCUGCAGAAAUGCGAUUGUGAACACCAUAUUGUUAGAGAGAGAAUUUUGAUGAAUUGCAUUCUACUGGACGCUGAUGGGAUGAAACAAACUUUGUUGGGAUGGAGAUGACAAUGACGCGGCACUUGUGGUUCUGGGAUUCAACUGUACUAGUGGUGCACCAGCUUUACUGCUGUUCUUCGGUACUAUAGUGCAUUCUCGAAUAAGCUGUUUCAAAGUAGUACUAAGUUAAUAUAUAUAUCUGUACAUAAAAAAAAACACAUUUUCGAGUACUUGUAAUUUGCUAUUGAACGCUCUGCGGUGUUUCUGAACUGACAGCAUGACAGGAUUGAAUUGUCACACAGUCCCGCCAAGGACAACGAGCAACACAGGUCAUCGUUCAACCCUUGCCCAUGUUUUAUGCUGGACCUGCAAAUUCUGUUGUGCUAUUGUGGGUGAAUGGAACGCAUUCGAGUUGGAGCUUAGCAGAACGCAUUCUUCCAUUUCCACUUCCAACAUCUUGUGUGAUGUUGGGAAUGGUUUCGGCUUGUAUGCUUUAUUUGGGGUGGCUUUGCCAAAAGACUAAAUGGCAGUUCGAACGCGCGCUUUCGAGUUAUUACUCAGUAGAAGGGUUCCGGUGUACACUUCCUCCUUCAAGUUUAAUUCGUUCGCCAUAGCUCUUAGCUGUUCUUAUCGCUGUAGCCUUUCCAAAGUCGCAUAUUUUCACAGAUAUGAUAACAGCUGUGCUGGCGUGAUGCCCUAGUUCUUUUUCGUUAGGUCUAGAGGUAACAUCAAGAGUGCCAUUUAAACGAGCAACUUCUAGGUCAGUGGGACGCCGCAGUUACCUCUGAAUUACUUUUGUAAAUUUUAUUUUCGUUGACAUUGCCUGACCUCAACACCAGCACGACUGUCAUUAUUGAAUGUGAGAACAUGCACCUUCCUUAAGGUUUCUAUGGUGAGGGCAGGGAUGAUUAAGCUUACCGUGUGUGUAAAUAUUGAAAUGGAGCUCUGAACCUUCAACUUCGCGUUUCACCAUCCACGGAACUGCAACCUAGGCUGUAAAUAUCUUGUCUAGUAACAGGGGCAUCCGAGCUUAUGGUCUGAGCAGAUUUCAGCCCAGAGUAUUGGGCCUACGUCUGUGCACUUCGCUUUGCACUUGUCUCGUACCAGGGUUUGCAGCUCUUGUAAAUAGCUCUAGUAACUAAUAGGAGAAACGUGAGGCUUGUUACCCAAGCACACCUCAAACUAAAAUCGUGAGUUCUUUAGCUGUCUGCAUGCUUAUCUGCCCAUUUUCAUUACUUGUCACUGCAGAAGCAAUUCUCUCUACUUACACCUCGUGGGCUUCAGUUCAGAGGCUCAGUUCUGCGGCUUAUUUGAAUUCAUUGCUCUGAAAAAGGCUUCGACUGAGCUUGAAACUGGCUGCUUCAGUAAAGCAUUUUUUCAAGGAGCAUUCCUUCAGGCAAAGGGAAAUAGCCUUCACCGGCAAGAGCUACAUUUCAGAAAAAUUUAGUUGCAAAUUUUAAUAAGCUAUUCCUUUCGAAGGAUUUUUUCUUAGGCGGCAACGAAGUUUUUUUGCUCCCAGCAAAAAAUAGCUAUCACCAGGAACAACUGUGUUUCUUGUUAAGGUUCUUUUCUAUGUUCAUAUGAGCAGUGAAGUAAAUGUCAUCUUUAAUUUAAUUCUUACUCUUACGAGUGAUCACUGCUCUGCGAGUUAACAUAUGCAAAUGCCUUGUGCAGUGCUGUACAUCCAUGCAUUUCUCAUUUAAUAAAUGUUUGAUACGUGCAAUAAUACACACUAACUGUUCAUACUAAUGAGAUACGUGUUAUUUCUUUCCGUAAUUCGGAAACAGUUACAGCACAUUUAUCUGCAGAGAGUAGAAAAGCUUGCCAUCUGUAUUUCGUUUGCUCUGUCACUCGUGUAACCUAAUUUGCCUGCUUACUGUAUUUGGAACGCUUGUGAUGCUCCUUUAUAAAGUGUCGACUGUAUGCACGUUAGGCUUAACACAUUCUGUUUAAAGUUGGCAGUGGUAAUAAUGUAAGACUGUAUAAACUUAAUGCGUUUGCCAAUACAACUGACAUUUUCUUUUUGUGAUCUGAGUUCUUUUUGUGUGGAUUUGCAUCUCUCCAUGUCCAGGGAGAAGACGCCACCAUGUGGAGUGUGUUUUGUCACGCAAUGGAUAGGCAGUCAUUGAAGCAAGCAGUUGCCACUCCAUGUUUUUGUGCGUGGCAAUUUGUGUAAUGGCAGCCAGGUAGCAUCCAAUGUUUUGUGUAAUGAAAAGGAAAAAAUGUACAACUUGAAAGAGUGUGAGAAAGAGCGUGGCUUUUCGUUUCUAUGUUGCAGGGCAGCGUUCAUCGCUUUGUGGAUGCCUCUGCACGUCGAUCUCAUCUGAACAUGUGUCCUAAGUAUGCUUUAGCAGGAGCCAAUCAGUUGCCAGCUACCUUACUGUAAAUGGGGGCUCAGUGUUGUCACAGCUGUACUUGCCAUUGUGCACCAUGAUCGACCAGUGUUGUAAAUCAGUUAGUGGCCCAUGAAAACCUUGUGUCAAAACGUCAUUGUCAAGGCCUUUUGUCGAAGGCAGUACGUUGUUGUCAGGCUCCGGAACAUGAUGCUGUGCUGCUUCCUGACAGUGCCUUGGCAUAGGCAUUAGUUGUUAAAAAAAGCCUUUUAUUCUUUUUUACUCGCGAAAACUGAUAGGAACCCUAACGCUACCUAAAUAGGAAUGUGAUGUAGGAAGAAGUGCACCGGGAAAACAGUUUCAUGCAGUUGUAAAUCUAGCAUUUGUUCCUCCGGAGUUCUUUCUAUGUUUUGUCUCCAUUUACGGACAGUCAAUCACGAUGCGUAGCCAUAGUCGUCAGCUAACCUAGUUUUCUUGCCCAAUGCGUGGGCCAUAUUGCAUGUUAUUGAAGUUGACUUGUCCUCUGUUCCAGAGGUCCGUGCUACUCUAGACACAUCGGAGCUUUCGAGCCGAUGACCAAAUUUCUCGCGCAUUGGAGUUUUCGAGCACUGGCUUAAGGUCAGCUGUGAUUACAUGUGACAUAUCCUGCUAAGUACGUGAACGGUGUACUCGCGUUUGCUGUGUGAGAAAGUGCACACCGCUUUCGUUGGGAGUGAGCAACGCAGUUGCGUGCUGUAUGCAGAUGUGACCACGUUGUGGCGAAGAAUGUGCACAGCUGCGUUUUCAAUCAUUUAUUGGUGCAAGCGGGGAUGUGCUUGUGUCCUAGUGCCUCAUAGCUGGAUACCCUAGAUGCCUUUGAGCAGCGAGAUGUGUGUGCGUGUUUUUUACAGUGUACAAAAUACUGAGUGUAUUGGACCCACGAACUGAUACUUUUGUACAGUGCAUUCACUGCUGAGCUCUCUCUCUGGUCCCAAUAGCUGGAUACAUGAAAUGCUCUCGAGCUCCUUUUUUGUUGUGUAGGUGUAAUUUUAUACAGCGCGAAUGGUGCUGCGAAUGUUCUUUUACAUUUUGCACGAGUUUGUCGCACCACUGUAUCCCAGACAAAACCAAAUCUACCAACCAGUAUUUUUGGCAUCGUUUGGCAGUGUAAAUAAUGCAUUUGUGUCUAUGAUGUGCAUGCCAAUGUGCAUGCCCUGAGUGCCUUGGUUGAGGGACGGGCUCCUAACAAGCGCUCUCAAGUUUGAGUUUAUGCGGCAGAAGCCAGGAUGACGCAUGUGUAACCCAUAGUUUUAUCUGUGUAAGAGAUUAUAUUUGUGCACUGUAAUAGCCGGACAGCUUGUACACUUUGCACAGCCUAAGGAUCAUAUAGCCAGCCUCGUAGCUUAAGAAGAAAGAAGCUUGCGUAGUUUUAGUAAUUUAUUUUAUUAACACAUCUGGUUACCUAACCAGUUUCUUUUGAGGCAUGAUGUUUGGGCAGUGAAAGGUACUUGUGCCUUAGCCUUUUCAGUCUUUUUUUGCAAUGCCAAGGUUUGUGCCCUUUGUUACAUGUAAUGAAAGUUACUUCAUCACCAAAGUUUCAAGGUGUGUGUCUGCGUUCAUGUGAAACUGUCUUAGAUUUGUGUGGCGUGUUAAUGUAUAAGUUAAUCGGGGUUGGGCUUUCGUUUUGGCUUUCUGUCAUCGGCAUGUAGUGUUCUCGUUUUGUGUGGUUGUUGCACUCUUUCUAUAGUGGCCACGUCGAUGUGAUUUGCAGGCAGUUUGCUCGUUGAGAAAGCAUUUGUCUCGUGUAAAAUGUAUGUUAGCCUUUAUUUUUAUAUAUAACAUUCACUGUUUUAAUGUGGUUGCGGCAGGCAGUGUUCUUAGUUUUAUGGGAUUUUGUGGCUUUGAGUUUGUCUGCUAGAAUGUUUGGGUCUAUGUUUGCUGUUUGUGCUGUUCUAAAGUAGCUUGAAGGUCGAGGACGCGAGCGGCAGCUUUACGUUCGUUCUAGUUUUCAAAUGCUUCCUGUGCCUAGUGCGUGUUUGCUUUGUGCCUCUUAAUUCUUCAGUGCAGUAAGGGUUUGUCACUUUGGGCCUGGCAUGUUGCCUUUGAAGGCCUGCUUCCAUGGCAUGGUACCGUGCUAAAUCUUGUGCAUCAGUGUUGGCACGGCAACACUGUUUAACCAAUUUUGCCUUUGCCCACUUUUGUCACAGGCAGAAAAGAAAUGCGAAAACUUAUUUUUUAGGACUGCCAGACCAAUCUGUUUCCUCUGCCGGUGCUAGAUUUAAGAUAUGCUAACAUUCUGUGGCAGUUCUUGGGUGCAUGGUCUGGCAGGCGUACAGUUGGUUCAGAUAGCCCAUAACUCAUUUUACGUUGAAGGGAUGUGCGUGGAAAUGGAGUAAUGUGCAGUGCAAACUGCCCAUCCAAAUUCCAUCGGCUUAUGUCUUCCAUCCAUGAAGAGCACAAGUCAGUUUUCAUCAUCAUCACGAGAAGUCACAGUUCUGCUCUCAACACGUCUGCUCUUUGAGAGCAGAAGUUGUACUUGUGUUUUGCUCUGUGCUCUUCACAGCUUGUUUGUUCGCAGUUGUUCUGUCCAGAAUUUUGUUCCUCUGCAGUUCUGUCAGUUGUCUUGCGCUGCCUGCUCUCCAACAUGUACUACCAAGCUUGCUUGGCCACGUUACUGCAGUUACUAGUGGUAGCUGGGGGCCUCUCUGCAUGAGCAUAGGCAUCCAUCAUGUGCAGACAUAAGCAGUGCUACACACAACAGGUGCUUUACAACGGGCAAUAGAGUGCAGGGUGCAUUUUUCAGGCAUCGGCAGUGCAAGAAAGUGGCUCGUCUGUUUCACCGAGUUUCAUAUGUAGCAAAAUGGGUCCCAUUGCGAUGGUGGCAAAGCAGCAGCAUGCUUUAUGGCUAACAAAGUGGCAGGCUUUUACUGUGGCGUCUUUUGAUGGCUUUCUUUUUGCUUUGUGUUGGUGUGUCGAGGGGACAGUUCUGUAUUUUGUUUUUAUGAAGGCUGUUAUAUCUUUUUCACUAUCUUGUUUCUUUUUUUUUUUUUCUAGUUCGAAAAAAAGGCACUGAGCAGUGCUAAACAAGCAGCUUUAUUUAAGCACUUGGGCACUACUGCCAGCCACAAUAUUUAUAGGUUGUUAAUAUAUUUCUAAUCUGAAACCUUGCAAUUUGCUGGCUUGUUCUAUUCACUAGUGCUUAUGAAGUAGCAGCAUUCCUAGUAUUUUGCAGGGGUUCUUAUUGUUGAUUUUUUUACUUGUUUCUUUUCUAUGAGAAAUUUAGUACUACAGAGGGGUAUCACUGAAAUCUUUUGUUUUCAAUUUCCCUGCUGGAAGUUCACCCUGAAAAUAAUUUUUUGUUUAAGUUAACCACACUAGUGUCCUGGUAGGGUCACAAAAAGCGUAGCUUCUUUAUUUACAGUGUUUUCAAUUUAGUUACUGUUAUUUUUGUAGCAAAUAAUUGUAUAUCUGUACAUAGUGUGUGCUUUUUUCAUUUAGUGCUAAUGGUCCUUAUUGUCGAUGCCAAUUGCGUGAGAAAAAAAAAAAAAGGCUAAGAAUGGCUGGGUGUGGCAGAUGCUUAAAUAAGACUGCUUGUUCAUGACAAAGCGUACGCCUCUGAAUUACUGUUUUUCAUUUCAUUGCUUCAUGUCUUCAUUAUAAUCACAGGGAACAUCACGUCAUGACAUUAUCUUAAGCAUUGAUGCAUCGAUUUCAUGAAACAUGGCAAUCACACUGUUAACAUUGCCAAGAUGCACACUAAGCACAUCUGUCGUGUUGUUGAGCAGAAAUAAGGGUGAGGAGAUAGGAUGUGGAGAGGACGCAUUUUUUCAGCCCUUAUUUGCGUUCAAGGACACUACAUGAUGCACCAACUGACCCAACAGCCAACGCUUCUAAGCACAUCUGCCUUGUAUGAUAACACGAUGUAUCUUGGCUCCAACUACAGUGCAGGCAUUGCCCAACGUGAAUUAGAUGCACCUAUGCUGGAUGCUAUUGCAUCAAAAGUAUGCUGUAAACACAGACCUUCUGGUUACUGCUUUACAUAUUCUUGCUAGUUACUGUUGUAGAGUGGAAAAUGAAAACUAUUUGUGCAAGGAGCGAAUUACUCCUAACCUCUGUGAUACUUGUAUCUUAGACUUGAAUUCAAUAGCCAGCGCUGUAGUUCGUUCAGUUGCAGGCUGCAGAAUACUGGCGUUGACUCAUUUUGGCAUGCUUCAAUUUCAUCCCUCCUUGCUCCCCCUUCCCAUUUCUUACCCUCGUCCCCAGGUGCUGAGGAUGGCACCUCUAGCAUGUCAACCUCACCACCCUUCCCAAAUUCUUUUUUAUGUAAUAUUUGUGGAUAUUCAUGUGUGGUGCCCACAAGAGAAGAAUAAAGGAAAAAUAUGAAAAGCC